AUGUUUGGACAUUAUAAAUUCGUCAAUCUUGCAACGGCAGCUACCACAAUCGCAGCAUUACUGGCAGUGUCGUCGGUGCAUGCAGGCAGUUUCCUUGACAAGCCAAGUAUUGUCACUUAUUGGGGCCAGAACUCCAAAGGCUCAUCAGACAGUCAGAAAAGCCUUGCUUCUUAUUGCGACGGCAAUUCCGAUGUGCUGAUCAUGUCAUUCGUACUCAAUUUUAGUGAUGGAAGCCUUCCUACGCUUAAUCUAGCGAAUAGCUGCAAUGGGCCAGCAUUCUCAGGUACAAAGCUAUUGCAAUGCACAAGUGUAGCAGCAGAUAUCAAAACUUGUCAAGAUAAAGGAAAGACCAUACUGAUGUCACUUGGCGGUGCAAGUGGUGUAUACGGUUUUGCGAAUGAUGCCGAUGCAGAAGCCUUUGCUGACACUUUAUGGAAUAUCUUUGGUGCUGGAGAAAGCGACACUCGGCCAUUUGGCGAUGCUGUUAUCGAUGGCUUUGAUCUCGACAUUGAAGGUGGUGGCUCCACUGGUUAUGUUGCAAUGAUCAAACGACUUCGAAAGCAUUUUGCUACCGACCCGUCCAAGGAUUACUACAUUACAGGAGCUCCUCAGUGUCCAUAUCCUGAUGCCAUGCUCGGCACCGUCCUUGAUGCUGUUGAAUUUGAUGCUGUCAAUGUGCAAUUUUACAAUAACUAUUGCUCCGCAACUAGCAGUAGCUUCAACUUUAAUACUUGGAAUGCAUGGGCAAAGUCGUCUCCCAACUCGGAUGUCAAGGUUUUUUUGGGUAUCCCUGGCUCAAGUGCUGCUGCUGGUAGUGGUUAUGUUGUUUUCGACUCUCUUGAACCUAUUGUCAAAAGAUUACAAUCAACUUAUUCCAACUUUGGUGGUGUCACUCUCUGGGACGCUUCUGCUUCUUAUGGUAAUACAGAUGUAUCGCCCAAUUAUCAAACACUGGUAGCUGACCUUGUCCAUGGUUUGCCUAGUGAUGGCAGCCAAGACGGUGAAGCUACUACUACAACUAAAAGCCAUCACAAAACAACAUCCAGAACUAAGCAUCGCAAAACAGAAUCUAAAUCUAAGCACCAACAUACAACAGCUACAACUGCCCGUGAGAGUUCAGUAUCUACUAGACAUAGUACUUCAAACACUGGUAGUGCUACCAAGACCAAACCAUCCAAAUCAGCAUCUACAAGCUCCACACCGGCCAAAACAGUUAGCAAAACGAAAUCAUCUAAAUCAACAUCAAGUCGUUCUACAUCUGCACAUGGAAAGACUACCAAGGCCAAGACAACCAGGGUCAAGACUACCAAGACAAAAACCACUAUGAACAAAACUCCCAAGAGUACAAUUACCCAGAGUACAACUAGCAAGACCAUAAGCAAAAAGCAUACCUCUACCAAGAGCAAAUCUACAACAAUCAAGCCUAAACCAACCAAGACUCUCACCUCUACAUCCGAAUCUAGUACUGGCUCACCCGUAUCCUGUGUAUCACAUGCAUCUAAAUGUUCUACUGAGGGUCAAAUGGUCUGUUAUGGCGACUCGUUUGCCACUUGCAAUCACGGUAAAUGGGAGGUUCGUAAAUGCCCCUCCAGUCUGACUUGCUUCUCAACAACGGAUGGCAAAUCAAUCUAUUGUGGCCAAGGCACCAGCGGUACUACUUGUCCUGCUCUCAAGAAUAAAUUAUUUGAAGGAGCAACAUUACUUGCAACAAGUAUAAAGCAAAAAAUCUCCUUUGUUGGUCCCACUGCCAAGCCUUACAAAAAUGGUAGAGUGAUUGCACAAUUCUCUGUUACUAAAUUGAGUGCUUCUGGCUCUUUUGAAUCUAUGAUCAAUGCUCGCCGACUCGACCAGACAACAUUUGGAAAUACUAUCACUGUUUCAUUCAAGGUUGCCAAUGGCAUCAAGAUCACAGGUGUUACAGAUGGUACAGUCAGUCAAACAGAUAACCAAGUCAAGAUUCAGUACAAGAAUCAUAGCAGAAAAACCAUGGUUGCCAUUGUUGGUAUCGAGGGCAAGGUUUCUACAGGCAAUAUCCUGAUUGCACCCAACGUCAACUCGAUGAGAUUCUCCUCUUGA